CACUUGCGCUUCCUGGACGCCUUGCUCCUACAUCAUCUAAUUCGCUCGUUUAGCCGUCAAAACAACUUUCAUCGCAUCGCCUCCGAUCGUCGUUGAGGACGUGUAGAUGGUCGUCGACCAAGCAUGCCGAAGAAGAUCGUCCUACUAGCACCGGAUCAGGCAUGGCCUUCGACUGUCAGCUCAGCGAGCACAAAGAGGCUGCUCAGUCUACCUCAUCCCAGAACACACAAGCCCGCCACUUUUCUUCUCACAGGUGAGCAGCACAGGGACGGUCCACGUGGAGACUCGACCAGCCAUGCUGCAGAAGCAAUGGAUGCAUGGAGCAUGUACGAGCUGCAGGCUGUUCGACCUUUGGCCGGCGGAUCCAGAAGCUGGUUCUUGACUCCCAAAGGCGCAAGCGAGGAGCACAUAGGCGCAACAUCGCAGGCAGACGCUGCAAGUGGGCAAGAGGACGAAGGGAGCGUGGUCAGUGACGGAGCGCUGCACAUCUUUACCCCUAUCGAUCCGCUCUUUGUCCUCUUGCCAAUCUACUCUGCGCUGGAUCACGCGAAUGCGGAUUCCCCUGCAGCCUAUCUCACGCUCGAAGAUCUAUUGGAAAGAGCAAGUUCCAAGCUGUACGCUGAGCAUGCGCGGGGACUGAAUGCGCAGCAAGCAGCAAACAGCACCAAGAAUGAGAGUCUUGAGAAGUAUGAAGAGGAGGGAGAAUGGGAGGAUGUGCAAAGCCUAGCGAGUAGUAAAGCCGUUAAGGAGAGGUUAGAGGAAAGCUGCGAAGUGAUGAAUGUAACUUCGACAUUGCAGACGUAUCGCCCGUCGGCUAGCAGGGUGCUCUCUCUGCUCCGCUCCAAGCUCAGCAAGCUGGAGAAUCAAGACACUUUCGAAGAGGCUUCUUCCACAUUGGGCAGACAGCUCGUCAAGGCCGUGGAAGCCGAUGCGACAGGGGAAGAGAGAGCAGCAGCGAGGAGAAACAUCGCGCUGGAUACAAUUUGUGCUUACUUGGACGAGGAAUGGAAGCAAAGUUUCAAGCGUGGUCUGCAAGCGGACGGCUUGCUCUCGGAUGAAGCUGCAGCGAACAGCGCAGGAGGAUAAAUUGGCACAGGGAGCCGUCAUAAUCGCAACAACCCUUCCAGACGUUGGCUUCCACUCGCCCCACAGUGGCGGAAGUCAGCCUCACGCGGAUCGCACAAGUUGCUGGCCCUCAUGCUCCUGAUCCGGCCCGUCUUCUCAACCUGACCUCUACUCGUCCCCGACCUUUCGCGCCUAUCUCUACCAGCUCGAAAAGGGCGGCGUUCUUCCUGCCCACUAUCUCGCUACGCAC